AGCGAGCCGUGAUUGCGCUCCGUUUUGUCAUCGUCAUCGUCGUAGUCGUAGUUGUCGUUGUCGUCUUCCUCUUCAAUAUCAUCGUCGUCGUCGUUGUCAUCCUCUUCUUCCUCGUCAUCAUCGUCGACGUCAACUCCGUUCAUCGCGUGACCCGAUGGGGCGGCACCAGGAACGCGUGUUCCGACCGAGACUUCGGCUCCGGAAUCUCUCGCGGGAUCGGCUGCGAGACGACGAGGUCGAAUGCUAGCCGAAUGGAGUGCCCUGAUUGAUGCCGCGAGGAGAGACAACUCCGAAAGGUCAGCGCGUUAACGCAUUUACGCAUUCAAACGAUCUCAUUUUGAAAUGAUCGCAUUGUGGAAGGAUUCACCCGUGGAAAACUAUUCUUCCGACACGCGCCAGACGUAUUUUCACUCGACGCGUUGUAAGAGGAUAUGACGACGUAUAUAGGCGAGGCAUACAGUGCGACUGCACCCCGUAACUCGAGAAGAUCCACAUCCGACACGCAAGUUGCGGUAUUCAAAUUGCCAAUAGGGCAAGAAGCAGCUCACGAUUCAGGAGAGGCAGAGGAAACGACGGAACAGCCGACACAUGUAGCAUUCGGGUAUCAGUAUAAUGAAGCCGUCCAUGAAAAUGGGAGUGAUCGCCUUGAUAGGGAUCUGCGUAGUAUUUUAUCAAUAUCACCUAUCCACCGGCGUUACCUUCGAUCAAGUGACGGCCUUCAAUGCGGAUACUUCCGCAGAAGACGCCGGGGAUUUGCCGAUCGGUGAAGAGGGCGACAACUACGGCAAAUCUCCAAGAUUCUCCGAGGACAUGAUUCGGUACGCCGUGUACCGAGUACAAAUCGCGAACGGCCUGAGCCCGGAAGUAAGUUCGAUGCUCGUGCAAGAACUUAUUAAUCAGCUAAGCAAGAACGUCUCGGCGACCACGAGAAACAAUUUCAAGCUUCCACCGCAACUGCAACCCUCCGCGGCGACGGUGCAUAAAACGGUACCAACCCCUCGCGAGUCGUCCCCGUCGCAUUCAGUAGAAGCUUCCGAAGAAACCCCCGAAGAACCCCUGUACAUCAUCACGCCGACGUAUCGAAGACCCGAACAGAUCCCUGAGCUCACCAGGAUGGCGCAUACUCUGAUGCUAGUGAAGAACGCGCAUUGGCUCGUUAUCGAGGAUGCUACCGUCGCUACCAAGCAGGUCACCAAGUUAUUGGAACGGACGGGCUUGAAAUUCGAUCACUUGAUUGCUCCCAUGCCGGAAAAGUACAAGCUCAAGAAGGGCGCGAAGCCGCGAGGGGUGUCGAACAGGAAUCGCGGUUUGCAGUGGAUACGAGCGAACGCCACGAGGGGAGUGUUCUACUUCGCUGACGACGACAAUACUUACGACAUCGAGCUAUUCGACGAGAUUCGAAAGACGAAGACGGUGUCGAUGUUUCCGGUGGGACUGUGCACCAAGUUCGGACUGAGCUCUCCCAUCCUGAAGAACGGAAAGUUCGCCGGGUUCUACGAUGGCUGGGUGGCCGGCCGCAAGUUUCCGGUAGACAUGGCCGGGUUCGCCGUGAACGUCAGGUUCCUGCAUCUACGCCCGAACGCCAGCAUGCCGUUCCGCGCGGGAUACGAGGAGGACGGUUUCCUGAAGAGCCUGGCACCGUUCGAGCCGCGGGACGCCCAGCUACUCGCGGACAAUUGCACCAAGGUGCUCGCCUGGCACACGCAGACGAAGAAGAACGAGCCGAGCGCACCGCUGGACAUGAAACUGUACGGCGCGACGAAUCUGGUGAGGCUGAAGCAGCAGAUAGUAUGAUGUCGACCGCGACAUCAACGCGAGAACCGAACCUAAAUCUUGUGUUUGUACGUGUGCGUAUUCGUGAAUCCCGCCCCACUUCGCACUAGUUCAUCGGUGUGACUCCAAGGAAACUCCUAGGUGCGGAAAAACUGUGCGAUUCAGUGCCUAAAAGUAUCUUGCCCUCUCGCACGAGGCGAGAUAGGGACCGUUAUACCUUUAAGCGUAGCCGGUAAAACGACCGUUUUUUUAUCAGCUUUUACACAUCCGCAACAAGUAGCUCACUCCGAGGACGGUUCGCCUUUGCCUCGAGAACCGGUAGAGGCAGGAAAAUACCGGGAUAGUGUUUCGCGGCGAGAUAGAAUCUCACGCGUUAAAGGAGAAUUUGAAACCGACUGCCUCUGCGGUUUGGCACAUCUCAGUCCUUAGAUAUGCCAAUGUGAAGCGAUGUAAACGUGAAAAGAAACUGUGUGUUUCUUCGCUGAUAUUAGUAACCAGUAAGUACAGCGUGUGAUGGUUAACGGUGUCGAAAGAUUAUGCGGUCUCAGAUUAUUGCUGACACGUGCAAAUGCGAAUACGCGCGAAGAUAAACGACCAAAGAGAGCAAACGAGUCACUCGCUGUAAUGUGCUAAGCUCUUACACUUACUUUAUUCGUUCUGCGACAAGUUCGUCCCGCGAGUUCUGUAGAUCCUCCACUAUAUUCCAGUCUAUUCCAUGGUGAAAUUCAUUCCUAAGCUUGUUCUUGUAUGAUGCGCGAUCGAAGAGUAGUUUGAUCAAAGAGCGAAAAUGUCCAAGUAGUUGCCGCAAGCGUAAUUCUACUUCGGGUGACCUAGCGUCUGCCGAAUUCACGUUGAACGAGAUUAUUUCUCGCUCGUGAACUUGAUACUCGUUAAUGUAGUUAACAAGUUACGAUGUUUAACGAUCGCCCGAUCGUCGUCUAAUCCUGCCCCGCUUCUUUAUGCGAUUAGCCAACAUAGGCAAUUAUGAGAUAUCGAGUUAGAUCAAGACCCUCCAUAGGAAUUUUACAUACUCUCAAUAGAUUUCUCGCGAAAGGAACAAUAAAAGUUUAAAGCUUUCGGAACGUCGAAGUUUAAUAUUUUAAUGCUUGUCGGCAGUCAUUACAAGUUGCAAUUUACGAGGACUUUUGAUUAAGACGCGAGAAUCUCUCCUCUCUCACAAGAAGAUCUUAAAUCAGAAAAUAUAAAGCUGGAAUGAACAAGAUAUGUGUUUUGUCAUAUAUUUAUGACUUAUAGAUUUAUUUAGUCUUUUUUUAAGGAUAUUUUGUUGUAUUCUUUAAUACAAUAAAUUAAGUUUAUGAUAUGUCUAGAAAAGGAUUCCGCAGCAUGCACAUGAUAUUAAUCCGAUUAAAAGAAUGACUGAAUAGCCGAGGAAUAUUUGUACGUGACGAAUGGCAUUCGCCAAAACAAGUUGUCCUCAUCUACUAUUUGACUGAAUAGGCAUUAUUAGUAAUUAUCGAAUUUGCUCAUCGCUGCUCGUUCGUUUCCGAUUGCUGAUAUAAUUCGUCUACUUUGUCCAUGAUUAUUAGAAAAGAAAUAACGGAUUAUAAUCAAACAGACGAGCGUUCAUGUUACUAACACAUACGUGUGUGCAUGAGUGUAGAAAAUAUGUACUUCCUAGAAAGUCAUGAUAUUUAAAGCUACAUUUAACUCUUCUUGCACAAUAUAGUUCGCGCGAGCCAAGCUUUAAGAGACCCGCCAUGUUUUUUAGGUAGAAAUAAAAAAGUUAGAAGAUAAGGGAACGGUACCAAGCGCUAAGUGAAAUCUAAAUAAUCCGUUUUAAUCGCCUGGAUGCGACAAUUCAACAGAAUAAUCGGAGUAUCGGAUUGCCAUGUACAGUGGAACCUAAAUCCGGACACUUCUUUGUUGCCAUAAAACAUAUCUAUAAAAAUUCGACCAAUAUAAGUAUUAGAUCAAAUAUACAACUUUAUCUAAUUAUCUCUUUAUAGCUUUACUUGAUACAAAUAUAUCAUGCAUAUUAUACUGCUAUAAUUUAUUUAAAUUGGAGACCAACAUUAGUUAUUCUAGUUUAGUAAUUUCAGAUUUUAACAGAUUUAUAUACAGAACGAAGAGAGAUGUGUUAGUUAUACAUAUAAAGUAACAGUUAAUUACGAGGGGUUGGUCACUAGCAGUUAUAGUGUACAAAAAUUACCCUUGAUACGGAUUACCUUUAAAUUACCUCAGAUUCCUUAAGAUUACCUAAUACUACAACAGUUCGAUCAAAUAACUUGGCAAAAGUUUCAAUUUACUGUCAAAAUUCAUCAAUGCCGUAUUUUCCAUAUUGAUUUCAGCCGGUAGUUCCCUCGAUGAUUGUUCAGAAUGUUCCAUUUUGAUCGAUUUCGAUAAUAAAACUAGAAAAAAAUAAUAAACUAGCACAGAGCAAAAGAAUCAAGCACAGAGUAGGCAGCUCGGCGGACAUAUAGAUCCGAAAACAUAUGAAAGGUUGCGUUUCCGAUAUUUGGUUGUCUCUCGGCGGUUAGAUAUUCUGAAUAUAUAUCGCGCAUGGUAUCACGAUUACCUUAGAUUACCUCAGAUUAUCUGAAACUACCCUAAGAAUUACCUAGCCCUUGUACAAAGAUUACCUCAGUGACCAACCCCUCGGUUAAUUACGUACAUCGAUUAACAAUCGACUUAAUUAGUUCGGACGUAAGGAGUUCUGCUGUACAAUUUAUUGCGGGAAAAUAAAGAGAAAAACUUCUCUUCCGAUAAAUUUCAUAUCCUCGUAAUGUUACGUACCUACUAGUGUCUAGUAGUAUCCUCUCGAUCGUAUGUCAUGUAAAAAAAAGCGACAUCGAACAAAUUGAUAUCAGUUAGAUCUCGAAGUACUGACGAGGCUGAGAACAUUUUUCCAAAGAUGCUUAAUCCUCUAGCGAGGCUUUAAUUUUCCGGAAGUCACUCGACUUUAUCCUAUCCAGUGUGAUGCGCUUCGUAGCGAUAGAUGUAAUAAUUCCAGCGCGUGGAUAAUAAUAAUGAUAAUGAUAAUUUAUCGCUAGAGCGUGAACUAUAUCGUGUCGCUACGACACCAAAAAAAGAAAUUUGCGAAACCAUAGUACAUAUAACUAUACGUUAAUUGCACCACUUAGAAAAAUCGAUCGAAGGUAGUAAGCGGAGUGUCGUAUGUGUGUGCGCGCGCUGAAUAUGUACGUGUGAGUGUGUCUGAUUAUUAAGUUUCUCCCAAUCACAUAUCCUGCUGGAGUGUGCGGAGAUUUGUGUACAGAAGAUACGCGCUAUUUACGUUUCAGAUUAAUUUAUACGGAUACAGUUUGCAAUAAACUUACGAGAAGCAAUACGUGCGGUUCUUUGCACAGUUAGAUUGUAGAGGAAGAGAAGAAAGAAAAAAAAAGUAAGGACGAGAGAGAUGGGUGGUUAUACUUGUUUGUUGGAAGGCAUGAGAUAUGUAGAGAGCAAAUCAUCUUAGUUUUAAUUUCGAAAAAUUCUAGAGAGUACUUAGCGUGUCGAGUCGAUACUGUAUGUGAUAUAUAUUAUUGUAUUAUUUUAACGCAUCGAUUCUACGUGAAACCGAGGUGUACAAAAGACGCAAGCAAUGCUCAAAACUCCGGCAAUUCAGAGGCUGAAUGGUACGAUGUAUAUGCGCAUGCCGGGAAAUGUACAUACACGAAUCUCUCUUUGUUUCAAAAGAAGUUAACUAAUAUUUACUCAUCUCACGUACACUCGAAAAAGAUUGGAGUUAUCCGUUUAAGAAACAGAUUGUGAUUCAUGUAUACUUCUUUUUUAAUAUUCUUUAUUAUUAAAAUUAAAAUUAUUUAAUUUAUGUCUUAUUUUUCCAAUUUUUGAAAAUUUGAGAAAUGUAUAUACAAAGAACAGACGCAGUUCUGAUGCAUACAACAUUCGUGUUUCACUUUUGCUAAAUUGUUUUACUUUUACUAAAUUAAUUUUAAGGAUUUUUGUAUCAGGCUCGAUUAUUUUCAAGAGUACGUAAUUCUUUAUCAUAAAUAAAGGAAAUGGUUGUUAAGCAAAAAUUAUCGCAAGUUAUCUCGAUACCUUUUUCUAUAGCAUUUACGUGCAGCAUUUAUAUUCAAUGAGAAAAUAAUGAUAUAUGAUAAAACACAAUGAUAAUAAAAAUAGGGAAUAUAUUAUAAAAAGAGAGUUUCAAGUCAUCGAUGUAUGUUGGAUUACAUUCAAUAUAUUGUACGCUGACAGCGUGUGCUGCGAGAUUAUGACAAGCUGUUACUGUACAGAUAUUUAGCAGUUUUGCCAUAAGUUUCAGCUAUGAACAAUAAACUAUUGUUCG